GGGGCGGUGGGACCCCGCCGUCACCCCGAGGGGCGGGUCUGCGGUCCCGGACUCGGAUGCUGGUGCGGGAGCCGCCCCCACGGGGGCCCCUGUGCAAGUGGAUGCACGCCAGUGACCGCCACCUCUACCCCGAGAGCGUCCGUGGGACGGGCAUGGAGGGAGACGCCCAGGGCGCUCUGCACUUUGUGCCUUGCACAGCCCCAGUGUGGAGUCACCCUCCCCAGGCCCCCAGGGAGGCCUUCUGUGUAAGUGGAUCGGCAUCAGGGUAGUCUCUGGACUUGGCUCCGUGGAAGAACAUCUGGGAACCUCAGGGACUUCCUCAGUGAUGUUGGUGAACCUCAGGUGAUCUCAGCCCAUGCCCCUAGAGAUGCCCAGAAAGAACCUUUGGCUGGAGAAAUGGAAUCCAUUUGUGGCAUCAUAGCUCCAAGGACUUUGGCCCUGACCUCCUGAGGGACUCAGCGUGCCCUCGCUUGUCCCCCUCAACAUAGUGGAAAGGAGUGGGGACUCUAUGGGGCUGUGGCCUUUGUUCAUUCCAUUUCUCACACUGCCCCAGUAGUGUCUCUUCUGAAUGAUAGCCUGGUUGGCUUCACGCUGGACUUUCGGGGAGACUGGAACUGCUUGUAAGAGCACAGGGCCCAAGGGGUACCAAGACCAGUGAGGCCUCCAAAUCAAAGACAAGAUACCUGAGCCUGUGAGCUUGACUAUCCAGAAACACUAAGACCAAGUUUCUGGAGGAAGGACUAGGGGGGAGGGAAGCAUUCUUGAGAACUCAUGUGCCAGGCACUGUGCUAGAUCUGUUUAAACAUCUUACAUAAUACUUAACAACAGCUUCAUCAAAUUGCCCCCAUUUAAACAUUAGGUAUUUGUGACGCAGGCUUAGUACUUUGCCCGAGAUCACAAAUGACGAGUUAAAUGUUCUUCAAAUUUAACUCAGAGAAAAGUGUCAAAGAGGGACAGAAGAAAGAGAGGAUGUUUGUUACUAAGUUGUGCUGAAGGGUCAAGCAUGGAGCUUUGCAUAUGUUCCGCAGAGGUGAUCCUUAAGGGGAGGGGGACAGUUUAUCAGAACGUGCGGCCACUGGAGCAGUUAUCCACGUAAUCCCCUGGUUUCAAUGCAUGGCUUCCUUUGUUGGCGGCACUACUGUAAUGGUGUGGUGGUCUUUGACAGGAAUUGCUUGGGAGAACUAGGGGGGCCACCUUCCCUGCUGCAGGACCUUGGGGGUGAAGAAGCAGAGAGACUGUCACUUCUAGGAGUCACCCACACUUCCCUUGCGGCCCUGCAUGUGCACCAGUGGACAGUAAUCCGCAAAUGCCACCCAGGACGCUGUUGACAAGUUCUGUGUGAGAAGCAGGAGGGUGGAAAGGAUGGGAGCCAAGAGAGGCUCGCUGGUAAUCUGUCGUCUGGGAGAGAACCAGAUACCCCGUCUCACCCCUCAACACUUCCAUUCCAGCUGACUCCUCAGGGUUACUGCCAGGAGAACGGCGACUAGAAACAGACUCCCGGGACACUGGCUGGAGAAACUGGAUUCCUAAAGCAGCAGGCAGAGGAGAACAGCUGGACCACUUGGGCUGCCUCAAAGAGGAGCCAUGGGGGUGUUGAUGUCCAAGCGGCAGACAGUAGAGCAGGUGCAGAAGGUGAGCCUGGCUGUGUCAGCCUUCAAGGAUGGGCUACGGGACAGGCCUUCCAUUAGACGUGGGGGUGAGCUGCCAGGGUCCCGCCGUGGCACUGUGGAGGGCUCUGUUCAGGAAGUACAGGAGGAGAAGGAAGCAGAGGCGAGCGCCCCCGUGGUCCAGGAAGAGAGCAAUAUCAACCGCGCAGCCUGGGAGCGGCUCCGAGAUGGGCGUGGCGUCGAGCCUGAGGAGUUUGACAGGACCAGCCGAUUCACGCCCCCUGCCUUCAUCCGCCCCACCCGGAAGCUGGAUGAUGACAAACCUCCAGACAUCUGCUUGGAACCCCGGGAGCCUGUUGUCAACGAUGAGAUGUGUGACAUCUGUGAAGUCUGGACCGCUGAGAGCCUCUUCCCAUGCCGAGUCUGCACCAGGGUUUUCCACGAUGGCUGCCUGCGCCGCAUGGGCUACCUCCAAGGGGACAGUGCAGUGGAAGUGACCGAGAUGGCCCAUACAGAGACGGGCUGGAGCUGUUACUACUGUGACAACCUUAACCUGCUGCUUACUGAGGAGGAGAUGUACAGCCUCAUGGAGACCUUUCAGCGGUGUAAAGUCAUCCCUGAUUGCUCCCUGACACUAGAGGACUUUGUGCGCUACCGCCACCAAGCAGCAAAGCGAGGGGAGAGCAGCAGGGCCCUGACUGAUGAGCAAGAGGAGCAGGCAGCCCGCCAGUUUGCAGCCAUGGACCCUGAGCAGCGGGGUCACGUAGAGUGGUCCGACUUCUUGUCCCACGAAUCCCUUCUGCUGCUGCAGCAGCUGCGUCCCCAGAACUCUCUCUUGAGGCUUCUUACGGUCAAGGAGAGGGAACGAGCCCGGGCCACCUUCCUGGCACGGGGCAGAGGGAACACCAUCAGCGAGGCGGAGUGCCACCAUGCCCGGCACUCCUGGUUUUGUAAACGCCUUACCCAGGCUCCUUCCUGCAGUGUCAGCAUCAGCCACGUGGGUCCUAUAGCAGACGGCAGCCCAGCUGCCAGCAGUAGCAAGAGUCGGGAGAAGACCCCGCUGCCCACGGGGCAGGAGUCCAGAUAUGUGGAUUGGCCCACCUUCCUAAGAGAGAACGUCAUCUACAUCUUGGCUGCUCGUCCUAACAGUGGCGCCAUCCACCUGAAGCCCCCAGGAUAGGUGGGGCAGAGAAGUUCAGUUCUGGGACGGUGGCAUCCUCUCUCUCUCCUUUCCUUUCUUUUUCCUUUACCAACCUCUGGCACUGAGACUCAUGGGGAUGGGACACUGCCAACAUCUUAAUUUGUCAUUAAGCUUUAUGGCACUGAAGCCACCGUUCCCCUCACAACAGAGGCAGUAUGUAUAUUGCCACAGUAAGAGGCCCCGAGAGCUGUGGCAUUACCUGCUAUGGAUCACCUCCUGCCCGCACAUCAUAAAACUACCUGCCACCUCACGCAUACGUGUGUGCACAUGCACAUACAGCCACAUACAUGCCUGGACAUCCAUGCCUUCAAACUCCUGGUUCUUUCUUCGAUGAAAAAGGACCAAAACCCUUUUGUUGAGCCCCCCUGGUUUAGAUAAGAGGGUCUCUUCUCACUCUUUGUAUUGGCCAGUUCUGAUUCCCAGGGGAAAGAAGGGGACAGAUUAAAUUCACUUCCCCUCCAGGAAGUGCUGAGAGAUCCCCCUGCCCACGGGGAAACGCCCUUCGGUGAUGACCACUGUUAUUUGUAAGUGUCUGUAUGUCCCUCAGGUGUGCCAUGGUGGGAGAACAGUUCAAAACCAUCCCGAAGUUUGUGUCUAAAUUCUGAUUCCUCAUGAUAGAGAAGGAACCUAGCUUGUGGGUUUCUGCCUGGAGAAAGUGGAGACAGUCUCUCCCAGAGAGCCAGAAUUUCUAGGAACAUUUCAGCCAGGUCAUCCAACUUCACAAGUCCUGAGCAGGACAGGAAAACCAAGAUGAGACUCCUGGUCCCUAGUCUUCAAAUGGCCCAAAGCUCUAGGGACCCGAGAGGAACAGAUACACUGGCAGGGAUCACUCUGUGAGAUGCUUUAGCCUAAGUGAUGGCCUCAGAGGCCAAUGAGGAUGCAGAAAAGAAAGCCCGGGCUUUUCCUACUUUCCAGCCCAACUCAGCCACUGACAUAGAACAGUGGCAUCAUAUGGAGGGUAAGCCAGCCUCUUACAUAGCCUAGAGGCGCUCUGCAGAAUGCCUACGCAGUUGUGCUUUUUAAGAAGAGACAACAAAGGCAUGAGAAGAUUUGUAUCUCAACUGUCAAGAAGUCCUAGUCAGCGUCAGAAGGGGGACAGUGUGUUCUUCUCCCGUCGCCCCAGUUGCUGCCUCUCCCUGAUGCUCGCUCUGCGUCUUCCCCUCUGUGCUAGGAGAUGGAGCUAGCCUGAGAGGACCUUGUGGACAAGUGGAGAACGCCAUGGGCGUAGCAAGCUUGGCCUCUAGGCUUUGUUCAACCCCAUCACCCAGUUCUGAAGCUCUCAAGUCAGUACAUGGGGUGGGUCAGCCCUAAGACCUAGGGAUCCAGUUCUGGAUUUCUAUCUUUCAAACAGAUGACUUAGGUGUGGCCAGUUCCGACGACUAGUUCUUCAAGAGAGAAUUGAGCCAAGUCCCGCAGAAAGCUUGCCUUGUCUCCACGGCUGAAAGCACUUGUACUAAAGUGGAUGCUUUCGGGAGAAGGCACACGCUGCUCGGUGUUGAGAGGUUCGGAUGCUGUGGGCAUCUCCAGCCAAGCCUUGCUGAGAGCCCUGCAUGCUCUCCUUCUGUAGGACCUGCCUUACCUAGAAGCGGGGUAGCAUACUGCUGGAGACAGAUUAUUUAGGGCCGAAAUGAAACAGGCAGGAGAUACAUUUUGAAACCCACAGCUUUUAAAAACUAUUACUUAAAGCUGGGCAUGGUGGUACAUAGGCACAGAGGGGCAGAGGCAGGUGGAUCUCUAUAAGUUGAAGGUCAGACUAAUCUAAACAGCAAGUUCUAGGCCAGCCAGGAUUACACAAGUGAGACUUGGUCUCAAAAACAACAAUGAAAACGACUCGGCCAUGCUCCCAGGACUGAUCAGUAAGAUGGCCUGUUAUUGAAUCGAGUCGAAAACAAAGCACAAACCUGCUGGGCUCAAGGACUGCAUCUGCAGCAGCCAACCCUGGGGUUUUCCAUUGAGAAGAGUAAAGCAGGCUAAAUUCAGGGGCUCUUGCUCACUCUCCCGAUGAGUCAUCUUUCUCUCUCUCUCUCUGUGGCUGUGGGCCACCGAACGGCGCAGAGAUAACUCAUCUCUGGGCUUCGGGGAUUGGACAGUGCUUGUCUGCCACUCCCCAGCUGUGGACACUGGGAGUCCAUCUCUUCUUGUUCCGUGGUCCUUUACAGACCAAGACGAUGCUUACCACUUUGGAGCAGCUGUUUCUUGCUCCUGUACAGUUGAGUGGCAGAAGCCCACAGGCUGAAUCGGACUGUGCAGAGCCAGCCCCACAGCUCAUCCUCAACAGGACCAGACCUGUCUGGGAUCACCUCUCUACCCAGGACGGCACAGGACAGCUGACCUCUUCUCCAUAAGCAUCCAGUGUUGUCCCAAAGGGAGGGACCACUGCUCCCUAGUCCAUUGUUACAGAAGCCCACCCCAGCCCUAUGUCCAUAAUCUCUCUUUGAUGUGGGCUUCCUGAAGCCCCCUGCAGUGUUUAUAGAGGAACACUUUCAUCAACCUAGUAAGACUCAUUCCCUUUCCAAGCCUUUCUAUCAAUCACUGUGACUGUCUGAAAUUCUGCCAAGUGCAAAGAUUAAUGUCUGGCUCUGAUGAGGGUCUGAGAAAUGUUUCAGUCUUUCCUGUCUUGGCUGCCGAAAGUUAAGAUCAAUACUUCUCUCAACACCGUCCAUCCUGAGCUCCAACCGAGAGAGGCUUGGGUUGCAUAUAUACUUCUCUGAAGACCAAGCCUGGUUUUCAUCCAGAAGUUCUCAUCCCUAUAUUCAGAUUAACUAAGGGAACAUCAGGAUGCCACAGCAGAGCCGCAGGGUCAGAGUUGCUGAGAGUGGCUCAGCACUGCAUAACCUCUCCAGGUCUGUCCCUUGGCCUCCUUCCCCCACAAGACAUUUGAGCAGCGGCCCCUAUGGUAUCCCAGGGAUGAAGCAGUUUCCUUAUUCUUAGGUACUGAUUCAACUCAAGUGCUCUUCCUUUGAGGAAAGCUGCAGCAGAAGCCAUGAAUACAUUGCCUCUUUCUACCCUCCGCCCAAGCAAUGGGCUGGCAGGGUAAACACUUGCCUUCCUGGCCCUAGUGCUUCCUAAGGGAGGUCGCCUGGACCUUGUUUAAGUGGCCAAGUCUUGGAGUUCCCCCAUUCCUAUCACCAAAACAGAAAGCACAGAAUUCAACUGCCUGGGAAGAGGGCACUCCACUGGGAAGUGGGUGCCAGGGUUGUCCCAUGCCUUAGUCCAAAGCACAAUAAUCAUUGCAGGCAUCAUGGCUUCCCAAAGUGCAUAAAUCUGUAAGGCUAAGAGAAAGGAUCAACAGAAACUGUCUAGUAGGGGCCCACCCAGCCGUGACUCCCCGAGAGCCAAAAGCAAGCAACCUUGAGGCAUGAAACUUGAACUGGCAGCAGGCUCUGGUAGUCCGUGUCUCCUUCCAACCAGCAGAGUAAAGACACAGACACAGGUGUGCACCGCAUAUGUAUGUGGAGAGACACAAGUAUAUAGAGUCAUUCAUGGCCCAGAGCAUGGAAAAUAGGGGCAGGUCUUGUCUGGACUGAUGGUUAAGAGACCCGUUUCCAUUCUGGAAAUCCAUUCCGAAAACUGUAUCACUCGGCAGCAUCUUCAUAGUGCAAGCAUCGAAGAGUGCCGUUACACAGACCGAACAGCUACCACGCUAGUCGGCAAUAUAACCUGUGGGACCACCAUCGUGCAUGCCAUCUGUUGUUGGCUGAAAUGUCACUAGGUGGCACGUGACUAUUCUGUGCUUGGCACUAAAAGGCCAAACAACCUUGGUGCCAAAAUUUCAGAACAUCCUGACAGCACCUGUAACCAUGGCCCCUUUCUAGCCUGCCAUUUACAGUGGAGCCAAACCACCGCGUCCUCCUUGCCAUCUGGGUUUUGUUUGCUCGCUGUAUCUCUCUCGUCCUGCAGCCCAGACAAAGGAGCUCUUGAGUGGGCAUGAUCAGUAUACGGCCUGGUCCCACAGCUCAGCCCGGGAAUAUGGUGAAGCAGAGCGUUCCUCCUUCUGUUGCUGGCCUAUUGCCACUGUGUUUGGCAACCUUGUAAAGAAAAUGAUAGGCUACAGAAUUCCCACUAGACCAACACUCAAGAAAAGUUGCUUCCCUCUGGGAUGCAUGCCCCAGGGGCCCAGAGCUUGGAGUCACGGGUUAGGUCUUAUCUAGACAAAUAGUUUAGAAGCCCAUCCCAUUCUAGUUUGAAAUAGAAAGGGUUGCCCUUUCUAUAUCCAUAAUCAGCAAAGGCCUUCAAGUUCAGCCUCCAAGCAUUAGGGGAUAUCCGUGGUUUGUUUCCAGCCAAACAGACUGGGAGGGGGCUCUGAGAUCCCUUCAGUAAGGGAGAACCCAAGGCCCUCUGGCUCCUUGUGCCCUUCCCGUGUACUUUCCUGCUGAAGGUAACUUGACAGUAAUCAGAGGGGACCAACCCCAAGCCCUGUCUUCCUGUCUACAGCUGCAUGAUCCUCCCUAUGACAGCCUUCACAGUCCUCCAAGCAGGAGCCCCCAGAGGCCGGGCACUGCAGACACCAUAAUAAACAGAUUGCAAUGUU